UCCUCUUCGAAGCGCUACAGCCCCAAAGCCCUACACUGCCAAACACCUUCCUCACCAUGAGAAAAAGGUAGUGUGACUCGAAACAUGGGAAACCAAGGGGAGUGACAAGCUAGAAGGCUAGCCAUUGUAUUUUGGAUGUAGAGUUGAGUUGUAGAUUAUUCUUGGCAAAAGGUGCAUAUCACCCCCUCAACUCAACAACUGGUGGCAAAUCACCCCCUCAGCUCAUUUCACGCGCAAAUCACCCCCUCAACUCACCUGCAGUGGCAAAUCAGCCCCUCUGUUAAGGCUUCCGUUAACAUUUAACAGUCCACUCACAAGCCCUUCCUCUGUGUCUGACGUGGCCUUUUUUUGCUGAGGUGGAGGCACACCUGGACAAAUACCUCAAAAUCAGCAUCGGAAUGCAAGCAUCGCUUUCUUCUCUCUUCCCGUUAAAACCUCCAAAGAUCUGCCAAACUCAGACGAAGAAACUUCAGCAGAUGCUCAGCCCUCGUUGUUUUCUCUGGCUGGAUGUGACCAAUACUAGUUAGACUAUUCAGGAAAUUCCCCAUGUUUGAAAGUCCUGGAGCAUCUCAUAGUCCUCAUCUUCGCAAGCUUGGCAACAGAGCUAUUGUCUCGGACCUAUGUGAACUAAACUUUUCGUGAUAGUAACCAACUCACCGUGAUUAGUUUGCAUCUUUACUUUGCUGUAUUUAUGCAAUGUAUAUUUUGAGUCUGUGGCAUUGGAACUGAAUAAAAUAAUGAUUUAAGACUGCUAUUCCAUUCUUCUGAAAAGUGUGAACUUGUUCAAGACUUGUAGAAAGUUGACCACAACUCAUGCAUUUGAGAACAUGCAUCAAUUUAACUGCAUUAUUCUUGAAAAUUAGGAAUGGAAGUUCCACUUUUAAACAAGAAGCAUUGCCACUGAUGCUUUAAUCAAAUGCACUAGGUCACCCCCAUGAACAGUUCCUAUUGUUAUUUAUCCAUCCUGACAUCCAUCAAAAGUUUUUGCUUCUUUUUUUUCAUUAAUAUAUGUUUUCCUAUUUUCUUUUACAUCUUGUAUGAUCCAUUUAAUUUAAUUUAAUUUUUUUUCAAGUACAAGUGAUCCUGCAAAUAGUGUCCAAGAAGGUUAUGUGUUUCCGUUGGUGCUGGGUGAAAUGAAGGGUGCAAGUUUACCACUGCCGAGUGCAGCUAUAUUGCCUUCUCCCAUCUUGCUAUGGAGGUUUAAGGUUAUAUUGUUUUUGUUGUGGGGCUUCAUUUGUUGCAAGAUUGGAUGGGAUUCAGUCAUGAGAAUGGGUGCAGACUUACAGGAUUUGUUCUUAUAUGAGGCCUUCUUAUACUAUAACCCCCUUCUUCUUGUGACAAUGAUGGUUUAGCUCUGGGGAGUGAGCUUAUGGGUUUUCUCACAGGGCAGUGUUAAUUAUGCAAAAUUUUUUUAUCUUGAUCAAAAUCAUCUUACUCACAAAGAUAUAUGGAAGCGUAGCAUUUGGAUGACCAUUAUUGUCCCAGCUAGCAUGACAGCAUAUCUUUAUCUCUAUUCCCAUGGAGAAGUAUCAUUGGCUGCAUCACAACCAGUGUAGCAUCUGUCCUACCCAUUAUACAAUUUUGUUGCAUUAUUUUUGCAACUGUUAAACUUUAUUGUACUCAUUCCACUUUAUUGUAUCAUUGGCUAAGGUAUGAAGCUGCAUCAUUUUUUGGUCCUUUGUUUUUGGUAUAUUUAAUUGAAAAGCUAUAGCUAGGGAUAUAUUUAGGAAUGGUGUUGUGAAUCUGCACGGUCCUGGAGAAGCUCUAUUUUCCUGCAUUUUAGAUUCAAAUAGAUUGUAUGGCAUGGAAAGUACCAGCUUUCCUACUCUUUCAAACUUUUCUAUCCUAGGCUAAAGCUACGAUAUUGGAAUCAUUCAGUUCUGUGAAAGGAGUUUCAUUUUAUAAUGCACUUAUAAUUGUCAAUUGAGUGCAGGUAUUUUCAGAUUUGGAACGUUCAGUUUGCCGUAUGGUUCACCGCUAGAUCUUAAAAGAACGAAGAGGGGAAGAAGACGAAGGCGAUAGAAACUGUCAAGUGAAAUAAUAUUACCUCAGAUCCCUAAAUCCCCAAUUUUAUUUCGCUAAACCAUUUAAGGGUAUAAAAGUAAUUUUGUUUGAUUUGCUGAUUUUGAGGUAUUUGUCCAGACCUGCCUCCACCUCAGCAUCCAUCUCAACAACAAAAAGGCCACGUCAGACACAGAGGAAGGGCUUAUGAAUGAAAUGUUAAAUGUUAACGGAAGCCUUAACAGAGGGGCUGAUUUGCCACUGCAAGGGGAGUUGAGGGGGUGAUUUGCCCGUGAAGUGAGUUGAGAGGGUGAUUUGCCACCAGUUGUUGAGUUGAGGGGGUGAUCUGCACCUUUUGCCAUUAUUCUUUGUAAGCUAGAUUUUAUUUUGAAAUAUUGAUCUAAGUUUAUGUGGACUGUUAGUUAUAAAUUUAGCAAGUUCUGAGCCUUCUACAUUUGUGGGAUCCUCUCACAAGUGUACUGCAUCUGUUUCACUCUUGGUUUUGGAGCAUGACACUUUAUGGAUGAAAAUGAUCCUAUCACUUUUGCCCCACUAUCACCUCUUGUAGAAUGUUAUAUCGUUUAGAGCCAAAAGUGCUUAUGGCAGAUCUGUCUGGUCUAAUGCAAAGACUUGGGGAAUUGUUUGAGGCUUUUCCUUGCCAUAUUUUGUAAGGCUAAACUCAAGUGUAGGGUUGCUUUACCAGAGCAAGAAUUUGUUAAGUUGGCAUAAAAUGGACUGGAUAUU